AGCUGGCCCCCAGCCCACCCCUGGCUUCCUCAGAGUGCAGCAGAGGAACCAGGGGGAAAGUCUACCUCCCCAAGCACAGCCCUAUCAUCCACCUCACUCGACUGCUUGUCAAUCUCACUACCAACAGGAAGGGGCCUCCAUAUCCAAGAAAAAAUGUCGAGUGAUGAUAAAAAUAAGCCCAUUGAGCCCAAGAACUGUGAUCCCAGAUGUGAACAAAAGUGUGAGGCCAAAUGCCAGCCCAGUUGUCUAAGGAAGCUGCUGCAGCGCUGCUCUGACAAGUGUACACGGGAAAAGUGCCCACCACCACCAAAGUGUCCUCCAUGUCCCCCGUGUCCGCCGCCAUGCCCCCCACCAUGUUCCCCACCAACUGCCCCGCUGUGCCCCCCACUGUGCUCCCCGUCAUGUCCACCACCAUGCCCCCCUGUGGUAUGUGUUAAGACUUGCCCUCCCAAGUGCCCCUUCUCAUGCCCACCCCCAGACUGAGGCACCAUGGGCAACACCAACCCCACUACCAUUGGCCUCCAUUACCACCUAUAACCUUGUGGGGCUAGAAGCAAAACCAUGAACUGACAAGUAAACCUGUUCCUCUGCUGUGCAAGA